CCCGCCCACCCCUAGACUCUCCCAAUCCCCUAUAGUGCCAUGUACUUCCUCAAAAACCUUCGUAAAAUUUAGUUCCCUCUUCUUCAGUUCUUUUUUCACUCCAGUUCUUGAGUCGAGCAGGCGAAGCUUGCAACUCCCUGCUGUUCUCAUAAACCCUGCCAUUUCGCUCCACAAUGAAUUGCUCAAUCUCCGGAGAGGUUCCCGAGGAGCCGGUAAUCUCAAAGAAUUCCGGACUUCUGUUCGAGAAGCGUUUGAUCGAACGGCACAUAUCCGACUAUGGUAAAUGUCCAAUUACUGGAGAGCCUUUGACUAUGGAUGACAUUGUACCAAUUAAAACUGGAAAGAUAGUGAAGCCCAGAUCUGUCCAGGCUGCAAGCAUCCCUGGGAUGUUGGGAAUGUUUCAGAUAGAAUGGGAUGGGUUGAUGCUGUCGAACUAUGCAUUGGAGCAACAAUUACAUACUGCAAGGCAGGAAUUGAGCCAUGCUCUUUACCAACAUGACGCUGCUUGCCGUGUAAUUGCAAGAUUGAAAAAGGAUAGAGACAGUGCAAGAGCACUAUUGGCUCAAGCUGAAAGACAGAUGCCCGUUGAAGCUGCUACCACAACUGUGGUUAAUAGUCCUGCAUUAAGCAAUGGGAAGAGAGCUGCUGAGGAUGAGGAGAUAGGUACUGAGGCCAAGAAAAGUCGCCCUGGGAUUUCACAGUCAUUAAUGGAGGAACUUACAAAUUACAAUACUACCCUUUCACAGCAAAGGAAAAAGCGACAGAUACCAACAACAUUAUCCCCUGUGGAUGCAUUGGAGAGAUAUACCCAGUUGAACUGUUACCCUCUUCACAAAACCAACAAGCCAGGCAUACUAUCUUUGGACAUAUGUUACCCAAAGGAUAUCAUUGCUACUGGUGGUAUUGACAAUAACGCUGUCAUAUUCAAUAGAUCUUCAGAACAAAUCAUAUCUACACUAAGUGGUCACACUAAAAGGGUCACCAGUGUCAAAUUUGCUGCUGAGGGUGAAGUGGUGGUUACUAGCUCUGCUGAUAAGACUGUCCGUGUUUGGAAAGAGUCCGACAAUGGAAACUAUGACUGCAGACAUGUCUUAAAGGAUCACACGGCAGAAGUGCAAGCUGUCACAAUUCAUGCAACCAACGAUUACUUUGUGACUGCUUCUCUUGAUAGCACAUGGUGCUUUUAUGAAUUUGCUACUGGUUUAUGCCUCGCCCAGGCUUCAGAUGUUUCAGGAGCCGAGAGCUACACAUGUGCAGCAUUUCAUCCUGAUGGUCUAAUAUUAGGAACAGGGACAUCAGGUUCUGUUGUAAAGAUAUGGGAUGUAAAGAGUCAGGCACGUGUUACACAAUUUGAUGGGCACAUUGGAUCUGUUAAUGCAAUCUCCUUUUCAGAAAAUGGUUAUUUCUUAGCAACCGCUGCUCAAGAUGGAGUUAAGCUGUGGGAUUUGCGCAAAUUGAAGAAUUUUAGAAGCUUUACUCCAUAUGAUGACAACACACCAACCCAAUCAGUGGAAUUUGAUUAUAGCGGAAGCUACCUAGCUUUGGGAGGAUCUGAUAUAAGAGUCUAUCAAGUUGCAAGCGUUAAAUCAGAAUGGAAUUGCAUCAAAACAUUCCCCGAUUUGUCAGGCACAGGUAAAUCCACAUGCCUAAAGUUUGGUCCAGAUGCUAAAUACAUAGCUGUAGGAUCAAUGGAUCGGAACCUCAGAAUAUUUGGCCUGCCCAGUGAGGAUGGUCAGGCAGAAGAUUGAUCUUGUUUCACUCUAACAGUAUUGAAGGCUUUGAAGCUAAUGGACAAAUUGGACACACCACACAUAUCUGCUGGAGUUGCAAAUUUGGCACAUACUGUGGGUGUGGUACUGUGGUGUUGAGUUUGCAGAUGCUUGUCUUGUCUUAUCUUUUGAUAUUGCCCAAUAUGGAGUCAGAUUAUCUGUGAAAGCAAGUAUAAACCAUUAGCACCUUGAUCGAAAGCCCGCUAUAAGAGUUUAUUACCUUUUCCCUCACACAAUGUAACAACCGCCGUUUUUAUGGAAUAUUUGUGCAAGGAUAUGGUUGUAAUCUACAAAGAUGUAGGACAAGUUGAGGUAACCAGUGAUGUUUUAUCAUUUUUAUAUGAAUUUUGCCUGGACAAUCACAACAAUGAAUGUCACAUUUUCAGUACAUUAUUGAAAUUUCAUGACCCAUGAGAAGGUUUAAUGGAGUCCAAAAAAUAAACUGAUGAUGUUGAAUGACGAUGAUACAUUUUGUUUGAGG